UCAAGUACUAUAAACGUACGCCAUGGCAAAAGCUGUGCUCCUCCUCUCCCUGCUGCUGCCCUUGCUGCUCUUUUGGUGUGUCGCCCAGGCCCAGCUGGCCAAGGAGUUCUGCGUGGCCGACCUGGCCAGCAGCGACACGCCGGCCGGCUACCCGUGCAAGCCCCAGGCCGCCGUCACCGCCGACGACUUCUACUACCGCGGCCUGGGCACCACAGGCCCGACCGUCAACCCGUUCAAGAUCAGCUUGUCCUCGGCCUUCGUCACCAGCUUCCCCGGCGUGAACGGGCUGGGCAUCUCCGCGGCGCGCGUCGACUUCGCGGUAGGAGGCGUGGUGCCGCUGCACUGGCACCCGGCGGCCACGGAGCUCAUCUUCGUGGUGGAGGGCACCCUGUCGUGCGGCUUCAUCAGCGCCACCUCCAGCAACAGGGUCUACACCAACACCCUGUACAAGGGCGACAUGAUGGUGCUCCCGCAGGGCCAGCCGCACUUCCAGUACAACCUCGGCAACACCACCGCCGUGGCGCUCUCCACCUACAGCAGCCCCAACCCCGGCGUGCAGACCCUCGACUUUGCGCUCUUCGCCAACAACCUCCCGUCGGAGGUGCUCACCAAGGUCACCCUCCUCGACGACUUGCAGGUCAAGAAGCUCAAGGCGCUCUUCGGCGGCACCGGAUGAGCCUCACCUCUUCUCCAUUAUAUUGCUCGCCAGCCCUCCUCCGGGGUUGAACUUGAACUUGAAUUGGUCGUGCCUUCCUGCUGUUCUCCGACUUGAUUUACUUUAUUAUUCUAUAUCAUCUUUUAAAAUAUUUUGUUAUUUAUAUGCAUGCAUGUAUGUAUGUGGGGUCAAAUUUUCGAACAAAUUUUCAGAAAUUUUGUGCUCUUCCGGUCUUGAAGAGAUUUAAUUUAGAGGUAGUAGCUGCCCGGCUCUUUUGAGCUUCAUGGACCCGCUUCAGCUUUGCCAAUGAAGCUGAAUCAGAAAAUAUGAAACAAACACCUAAUUCGUUUGAGAUACAGGUACUAUAUUCUUUUUUUUUUCACAAAUGAAAAUUGUAUGUGUUAAAGUAUAGGCUGUACUUGUAGAAGCGUGACAUACUGUUACGUAUGUAUUUGCGUGUGCGUGUGUAUUGUAACUAGCGCAGGUUGUUAGUAUAGAUCAAGCCUUAUCCGGUGUAGCUUGGAGUAGGGGCAAAGACUUGCAACAACAUGC